UUUUACCCUGUUUUUAUUAACUUUAUAGGUAUAUGAGUGAGUGAGUAUAAAUGACUUUCGUUUUUAUUAUAUUGCAACUGUGAUGCGAUGUCAAAAGAAAAGAGAAAGAGUGUAUUCAACAUUGCUGUUGUUGGAUUAUCUGGAACAGAACAGAUAAAAGGUGAAAGUGGGGUUGGCAAAUCAUGCCUGUGUAACCGGUUUGUUCGUGAGGAAGCCGACAACUAUUACCCUGAUCAUACCUCUGUCCUCAGUCAGUCGGAUUUUGGUGGCAGGGUUGUCAACAACGAUCACUUCUUAUUCUGGGGUGACGUUACAAAAAAGGAUGACAGUGGAAUUGAUUACAAAUUUAAUGUAAUUGAGCAAACCGAAUUUAUUGAUGAUCAAUCAUAUCAACCUCACCGUUCCUCAUCAAAUCAACUUUAUGUUAAAAGAUGUGCUCAAACCAAGAUUUCAUCAGCAGAAAAAAUGAUGUACAUUUGUACCGACCAACUUGCCAUUGAGUCAGACUUCGACGUUAAAUUGAUGCCAGAAGGAAAAGUUGUCAUUGAUGGUUUCAUCCUUUGUUUUGACGUCAGUUUUGUCAAAUAUCGAACAAUAGAUGAUCAGGUUCGUUUUGUGCAAAACGUGUACCACUACCUUGCUAAGACGAAGAAACCAAUUUUAUUUGCGCUCACAAAAUGUGACGAAGCCCUCAACCCAUUUGUUGCUGAAGCGAUGAAGUUUGCUGCAAGCUGUGGUGGAAAACGUAGCAGUGGGAUACCUGUUGUGGAGACUUCUGCUUCAGAGAACAUUAAUGUUACUCAAGCAUUUCUUAACCUCGCUCAACUUAUUGAUAAGUCUCGCUCAAAAUCGAAGAUUGCUUCGUUUGAAGACGCAGCUCAAGUGAGAAAGGAAUUGUUAAAAGAUGCAAAGAAGAAGUUGGAGACGUUACUUGCACAUACUGUGGUCAAAUAUGAUGAAUCGUGGACCACUGCAAGAAAAACACUUGAAAAUGAGUUGGAUUAUCAACGCUUUGUGGAUUUAGAGGGUAAAAAUGCUGCUUCCAAGAUCUUUCGAAAGCAUGUGAAUCGGUUAAGAGACGAAUACAGGAGUGAGCUACAAAGCAAGUACCUUCAUUACCUUCCACGUGCGUUGAAACUUAUUCUACCUAAUGUUGUUUCAUUGAGACCAACAUGGAAUGACACACUCCUGCUCAUGUCAAAGAACCCGAAAUUUGACAGUUGGAUUGUUUCUUUGGAUUCAAUAAACUCAGAUACCGGAGGUCGUCCCGUUGUUCCGUGGUACGAACAUAAGCACAUUAACUCCUUGGAGGAUCGGAGGAUUCCAUACGAACUCCUCCUCACUCUGGAGGCAGAGCAGAUCUUCCGGUUUCAUCGCCAGGAGCUGGAAGUCGUUCAAAGAAGAUGUGAAGUGAAAGAUAAGUUCCGGGAGAUGUUGGCUCACUCUCCGCAGGUAACUCCUGGCAGGGAAUGGGACGAGGUGGCGAAGUUUUUCAAACAAAACAAUUUCUUUAAUGAAAUAAGUGAAAAUGAAUUGUCCACCAUUUAUGAGCAAUUUCAGACUGAAAUUACUGAAAAAGCUAAAGAGAACUUCCAGGAACUGCUGUGGGAGAAAUUGGAUAUUUUUGCUUCUAACAAUAACGGAACACACAUGGAUAUUCAAGGCAUUGCAUCUUGUCAUGAUGCAUUAAAAGAAGAUCCUAGGUACAUUGCAAUGGCAAAACUUCCUAAGCAACGAGAUGAAAUUUUAAAUCGUCACAUCUCGGAAACGUUGUACCCCCCUGUAGACACAUGGGGGUCAGAGUGCUUGGGUAAAGUAUUGCAAGUAAAGCGUGAUUUAAAAUCGGGAAAACACCAGAACAGUUUUAUCCCAUCUCCCUCACUGAGGUGGCAGCUGAAGGAAGGUUCUGAUUCAUUGAAUGUUGUCCUACUUGGUGCUGAUGGUUUGUCUCAUGAACUAGCAAAUGAAAUCACGGUACAUUCAUCUGAUGACGAAUACACAUUAGAUGGUUGCAUUCAUCAGUUAAGACUUCGUAGUAUUGAUGGUAAUGUACGUUUGCUCUCAAACUCAUUCAAGACUUCAUCGUUUUCACCCCAUGGUUGUAUUGCUGUCUACUCAUCAAUGGAGUCUCUACGUUACAUUGAGAAAAGUUUAGAAAACACGGUGAUGUCUCUUCCCGAUCAAGCAGAAGCUCCUCCCUUCCAAGGAUUGCCUGUCUCUAUAUUGCUCGCUAGUUAUUCCAACUCUGAAAAAGAGGUUCAUAAACUCCGGGAUGCGGGAGAGAGAUUGGCAUCUCGGAUCGGAUGUCCAUUCAUUGAUGUUCUUCCUCCGGAGUACGCAUACAAUCGCCGCUUCCAUGAAUCUCAGAUCCGACUCGCGAUGCGGUCGCUUAUCGAGGGAAUCAAGGAGCGAGCUGGAAGCGGGAGGAACAGCACUGUUGAUCCGGAUCAGAGUGGAGGAGUGGGAGUGGAUGGAACACUCUCCCCGGACCUCAGGAUCAUUAUGUGCACCAGGAAAGGAGAUUUAUCUGCUGCCGAGAUCGCUCUUUUCCCUCUUCUUAACCACACCUCCUUUCGUGACUGCCCGCCUAAGGACACAGAGGAGGAAGAUGAUGAUGCUGAACUCCCUGACUCCGUCGUCAUCGAAACUUAUCUUGGUAAUCGCCGGCGACGGAUCGCCGUCACACUCACUUCGUACCAAAGUGCGCGACACUUACUCAGCAAAGGCCACCCCUUGCAUGGAUUUAUUCUUGUUUAUGAUACGAUGAGGAAAAGCUCAUUCUCAAUUCUUAAGGUGUUUGCGAACAACACAGCGAGUGCGUACCCCCUUUUACUGCUGUGCGUUUCCCCUAACGAAGAGCGACCUCCAGCGGCUGCGUUUUUUCAGCAAAACAAAAUCGCUCGACAGCUGGUAGUCGACGGCAACACACUUGCCGACAAACUGCAAGCGAAGUUCGUGAGUGCUUCGUCCAAGCAUCGACACCAGCCUCAAGUUUACAGCACUUUCUUCAAAGAUGCGUGGGAGCAUAAGGAAGACACUGAAGCUAUCCACAGAAUCAGUCGGGUUGUUGUCGAAAGCAACGAUGAUGUCAAAGAAGACGAACGAGAGGAAAACGGAACGGGAAGUUCAACUCCAAGAUCAUCUGCAUCGGAGAGGAAGAGUUUUGGUGGCGAAUACAAAACAAGUUAUGAAGUUCCGUACGUGGACAGUGACAUCGCACCUCCAAAUUCCCUUCAUUUCAAUGUUUCAAGUCAAAGCACUUAUACUGAAAGUCCAAGUACCUGUGAUGCGGAUCGUGCAACUCCUAGUUCAACUUGGUCAAUAGGCAGUGAUGAUUACAGACCAGAAACACCACGUGCAAGUCCAACUGCUGGCUUAAUAGAUAAUGAGAUGAACCCAGCCUAUGAUAAUUGUGAACCUUACACUAAGAAGACGUCGCAACCAAGUCACCUUUACCCGAAUAACUCAACAAAUGCUCCGGGAAAACUCAACCCUGAUCUCUUAAACAGGGUUGCUGCUGGAAUCAAAAAACAACCGGUCAGACAAGCGUUGCUUCUCCGCCAACAGAGUCUAUCGGACACGCUUGCCCCGGAACCAUCACACGAACCCCCAUAUAUGACGGUACAUGACCCAACCAAAGUUGGAUUCCGUGUUUUACCUCCGGGAUAUGAACAAGGGAAGCAAAAUGAAAGCAAAGCUGAUGAAUCAAGUGAGAAAAGCAACCACCUGCCCCGUAGUUCUGCCAUCACCAGCAGUAUUUCCCACAAAUGGCAACCUAAGAGCAUGAAACGUUCGUUAAAGACGUCAGACAUUGAAUCACCCACUGCUACAACCCCCCCUACUAUUCGAUCAUCACGACACUCAACUGCCGAUGUUUUAUCACAGUCGUACAAUGCUCCUAAGAAUGACGAUACUGUAAGUUUAGGGCGAGGGUUUACCUCCAGUCAGGAAGAUCUUCUUCAUCCUAGUCCCUCUGUUCUCUCAUCCUCUUCCGUGGUAAAAGGACUCUUAGAGAGGUCCUCCCAUACUCCCAAGGAUGAGAAAUUAUGGAGGAAAGAAGAAAAAAGAAGGAAAGAAGAGGAAAAGAAAAAGGAAAAAGAACAACGUAUUCGAUAUAAAGAAAAACAGAAACAAAACCAAUCAACCAGACAUCCCCCAAACUCAGUAGCAAUCGGAAACAAACAUAAUGUUUCAGAUUAUUUCAAUAAAAACUUGGAUGAGAUAAUUCAAGGGUUGAAUCAUAUGGUUCCACUCUUUGUGGAGAAGUGUGUGCAGUUUCUUGAAACUUAUGGUUUAUCAACUGAAGGAUUAUACAGAAUACCUGCCAACGCAAAAGAAAGAGAAAAUUUAAUUCGAAGAUUUGAUGAAGACAAUACGAUUGAGUUCAACGCAACAGAAGUUUCUGUAUCUACGAUAACAGGUAGUUUAACCUGGUUCUUCAGUCAACGGAAUUUACCUGAUCCUCUAAUUCCUUAUCACCUGCAUGAUGAACUUGAAGAAGCAGUUGGUAUGCCAGAUGCUUCACUGAAGGUGUGUUCAGUACGUGGCGUCAUAAGGAAACUACCGUAUGCCAACUACGCUACGUUUAAAUACCUGUGCACACAUUUAAGAACCGUCAGCGACAACGAGGCAGAAAACAAAAUGUCAAGCGAGAAUUUAGCGAUUUGUUGGUGGCCGACUCUCUUCCGCCCCGAAGUGGAUUUGUCAUUAAAUUCCGCGGCUGUGGCGGGCAUGACCAAAAUAUGUUUCCGCGAUGUUCUAUUAGCUUGCAUAAAUCAGUACGCAUUCAUAUUCUACGGCAAGCAAGAGGUGUGAACGGGCUACACUCAUAGCAUAACACGUUCAUAAAGGGUGCGACAAAUCCCUAAGCACUUCAUAUUUAUCGCGGUAAACUUAGACGAUCUACGAGCUAGCGGCGCUGUGCUAUGCAGCCACUAAUUGCGACCUAUCCAACGAAUGUGUCGCCCUUUGCCUUUACUGUUUUAGUUCGUUGUAUAUUGCGACGAUUUUAAAGACCAAAAUAUUUUUUGUUGUUAUUUUUUUUGUUUAACCGCAAUGCUUCUAAAUAACCCACCACCUGCAGAAGUUCACCAAAGACCAAACCCACGUUGCCGUGACCAAAACUAACGAACUCUCCCCCCCCCUCCUAGCUUAAAACAGCGACGUGGCAUAGGCUUCUAGAUUAACGCUGGUAUAUAUUUGUAUUUUAAUUUCGACUAUUACGGCUUCGGUGGUCGCUCGAAUAAAAGUAAUCUUGUAAACAU